AUGGAGGUAUUGCAGGGCAGUGAAGCUGCGACAACGUCAGAACAGGAUUACGUCGACGUAGACAUCACUCAUCUGUCACAGGAAUUGUUUGGAGAAAGUUUGGAAAAACUCGAUCCCGAGUCAAUGGAAGCACCGAAAAACCCAGUGGCACAGGAAACCGCAGACAAAGUGAAAAAGGACUACGAUGCCAUUUUGUUCGCGAAGAUGGUGUUUGAAUGCUUGAUUAAAGUGAAGGAACAAAAUCUAACUGUGGAAGAAGGAUGUAUCAGAUUGAAGGAGCAUUUCCAAAGGUUGCCACCUAACAUUCAAGACAUGCUCGCUGAAAUGUAUCCUUCUCUGAAGCCAAUCCGGUCCAGCGUCGAAGGACCAGGGAGAACUUCGAAAGACGCUGUAGCAGCAAAAAAUUAUUUAGACCUUCGAGCUUUAUCAAAUGAAAUGUUUGGAGUGGAAAUGGAAAGGCUCAGGGACAAUGCACUGGUCAGUGUAUUUGCAUAG